UGAAAACAAACCAAACGUUUGAUUAAUUGUGCCAUAAAUCGGAUCCAAUCGGUGAUCAUAAAACGAAAUGAAGUGCAAAAUCGUCGGACAGAAUCUGAAGGCCUUCUCCAAAGCGAUUCGUGUCUUCGCGAAGAUCUCCUCCGAAGUGCUCAUUAAUGUCGACAAUCGCUCGAUGAAACUGCAGGCCAUUAAUGACAACAAAACGGCUUUCGUUGACAUUAAGUUUGACUCAAACUUCUUCGCGUCGUUUGAAUGCACUGUCGAUACGAAAUGCAAACUAUUCCUCAAAUCACUGAUUCUGGUGUUUCGUGUCGUCAAUAUCGACAAAGUUGUGGACAACUGUACGGUUAUUAUGGAUGAGUCGAUGCCGAGAGUGGUCUUCGAGAUGAAGUGCUUGAAUGGCAUAAGCCGUGAAUACUUCGUGCCGUACAUGGAGUCCACGAAUUUGCACUACAAUUCAACCGUCACUGCAGUGAACCCUUCAUUCAAAGUGCAGUCAAAAGUACUGUAUGAGUGUUUACACAACUUCUCCACCGAAACCAGAGAUGUAAGCCUUUGGUUGACACCACAAGAGAUUCAGUUUAAGAGCUAUUUCGAUGACAUCGAGGAACAAAAUAUUAUGACAUCAUUCGCAUACGGCUCCCGAUAUUUUCACAACUAUUGCGUGAAUAAUGAUAUUCACGUCACAUUUGACGUUAAAGAUCUUAAGACAUUUCUAGAUUUCACUAUAUUUCGCAACCAACCCCUCGACUGUUACUUUCAGGCGUCGGGAAGUCCCAUUGAAUUCAGAAUGACAUCCAGUGAUCACUAUUCAGCGACACUCAUAUUAGCCACACAUGACUUUCCCGACGACUUACUGCCAGAGCCCCCGUCGCUCAACCGCCGCACCGUCUCAUCGAACCGUAGUUUAAGUCUAUUGAGAACCGGGAGUUUGACUGAAGUGCCCGUAAAUCACACGCCUUCUCAUAAUACAAGUCCUGCGAAUCCAAACCCUAUUGGCCACACAAAUACCGGCACCACUAAUACCAGUGCGGGCCCUGUAUCGAUGGAACUACAGACAAACGCAAACACUGACGACUUCGGAGAGGACUUUGAUGACGACGAGGAUGGCAACCAUUUGUUUGACCAAAUUAUAGGACAAUUGAACGCCACAUUGGAUCAGGACUACGGUGAUGGCGAUGGCACUCAGGCGUCCACUAAUUUACGAUUCACUGGCACUCAACUCGAUCGGUAUCACGAGGCCAUCAUCUAUGGUAGCCCUGAUGACGAUGACGAAUAUCAAGAUAUGGGCUAUACUGAGGACAUAGUGGUUCCAGAAUCGGAACCAGAAGACACCGAUUAAUGUGCUCUGAAUUAAGAAAUUUCU